CUCCGGAAGCGAGGCCAGGGAUUCGGAGUGUGUGAGGAUCGGCAGCGGCGGCGGCGGUGGGGGCGGUGUGGGUGGGGGCGGGGGCGGGAUGCGCUCCCCGGCCCCUCUAGCCCCGUGGAGGUACAACUCGAAGGUGUAAAGAAGCCGCGACCAACUGGAACUGAAGUGUGCCGAGGGUCCUGGACCUCACUUCCGGGAGAGGCGGAGCAUGUACAGGAAGAGGCGGUAUCUGGGACUUUGCCCGCCCCUUCGUGGCUCCGGACACGCUUCUGUGGCGUCAUUACGCUGUCACCCCGUCCACCUGCCUCCUGCGCUGACCGCUUAGCGCUGUGAGACGUCGCGACCUGUGACGUCAUGCGGGCGCCUCAUAUCUUCAACUCCAGAAUGGGAUCCUGGAAAGGCAGUGUCUGGCGCCUGACCCGAAACCUUUGCUUCCCGUCCCGCCUGCAGAGCUGAACCCAGCCCGGGUUCUCUACUGGCGUGGUAGUGAUCGUGGAUCCCUCAUCGCGUUCUCGCAUUCUGCUCCGACUGAACCCCAGGAUGCCGGGCGUCUCCGCCCGGGGACUCUCUCUGGAGGAGAGGAGGCAGCUAGCUGUGAAACUCACCCGUGUCCUGGCGCUCUACCGUUCCAUCCUGGAUGCCUACAUCAUCGAAUUUUUCACAGACAACCUGUGGAGCACGCUCCCUUGCUCAUGGCAGGAAGCACUGGAUAGACUGAACCCCCCACAGCUGGCCACACUGCUACUGGGGAUGCCUGGGGAAGGGGAAGUGGUCAGGUACAGGUCGGUGUGGCCACUCACCCUGCUGGCCCUGAAGUCCACAGCCUCUGCCCUGGCUUUUACCCGGACACCUGGAUUCCAGACCCCUUCAGAGUUCCUGGAGAACCCCAGCCAGAGCUCCCGACUGACACCUCUGUUCCGGAAGCAUGUCAGGCCCAAGAAGCAGCAUGAGAUCCGGAGGCUGGGAGAGUUGGUGAAGAAGCUGAGUGACCUCACAGGUUGCACCCAGGUUGUGGACGUAGGCUCAGGCCAGGGCCACCUCUCCCGCUUCAUGUCUCUGGGGUUGGGGCUGCUGGUGAAGAGCAUCGAAGGGGAUCAGAGACUGGUGGAGAGAGCCCAGCGCCUGGAUCAGGAGCUCCUGCUGGCUCUGGAGAAAGAGAAGAAGAGGACCCCGCAGGUGGUCCAUGCUGGCCCCCGCCACCCCCCUCACCACGUGGUUAGGUGGGUGGACCCCACAGCUCUGUGUGAGGAGCUUCUGCUUCCACUGGAGCCGGCACCUCAGGGUGGGGCCCGCCUGCUGCUAACAGGCCUCCAUGCCUGUGGGGACCUGAGUGUAGCCUUACUGAGACACUUCUCCUGCUGCCCUGAUGUGGCAGCCCUGGCCUCCGUGGGCUGCUGCUACAUGAAGCUGAGUGACCCCGGUGGCUACCCGCUCAGCCAGUGGGUGGCCGGGUUGCCUGGCUGUGAACUGCCCUACAGGCUGCGGGAGGGGGCCUGCCAUGCCCUGGAGGAAUAUGCUAAGCGGCUGCAUAAAGCAGGUCCUGGCCUCCGAACCCACUGCUAUCGCGCAGCGCUGGAGACUGUCAUCCGCUGUGCUCAGCCCGAGCUCCGUCGGCCAGGCGUGCAGGGGAUCCCCCGGGUCCAUGAGCUCAAGAUUGAAGAAUACGUGCAGCGGGGGCUGCAGCGAGUGGGGCUGGACCCCCAGUUGCCCCUGAAUCUGGCUGCCCUUCAGGCCCACCAGGCCCAGGAGCACCGUGUGGUAGCCUUCUUCAGCUUAGCCCUCCUCCUGGCCCCACUGGUGGAGACACUGAUUCUGCUGGACCGGCUGCUGUACCUGCAGGAGCAGGGCUUUCAUGCUGAGCUUCUGCCCCUCUUCAGCCCUGAACUCUCUCCCAGAAACCUGGUUCUGGUGGCCACCAAGACACCCCUGGGUCAGGCCUUCUCUGUCCUGGAGACUGAAGACAGCUGACAAAGCCUGAGGAAGGGCACAUCUCGGAUCCCAUCUGGAACCACCCAGCACUAGUGGGUGGCAGAGUCUGCACGUCCUCACCCAGAGCACCAGCACCCUGUGUCCUUCCUGGAAUCUUGGUCCCUGCAAGUCUUCAGUGUCAUACCCUUU